CCGGGAUUGGAGCACACAAACCCGGGUUACUCUGGUAGGUUUGUUGUGUGCGGGUCUCAGCAGGUCCCAGGCAAGCUCGAACGUUACUUCACGGCUGCAUGUUUCCUGCCUGUUUAAAAAUUGUCACAGUUCAUGCGUCCAUUGCGUGAGUCGCCGUAGACUCUUAAAGGCAACAGAUUUGGGACGACCCUAGCGACUGCUUUGAAACUCCACUCACGGGUUGGACGCAAACGUGGGUUGUAGAGGAUUUAGUGUUUUACCUGUUUUGUCUUUCGGUUACUCUGUGACCCGGUUAGUGCUAGAUUUCCAGCCGCACACCUCGACUAGAUGCUAAGAGCAAAAACUCAAAAAAGCAGUAGCUUCCCUGGUGGCUUCCAGAGGGGCAAGAAUAGUGAAAUGAUUAGGCCAGCAGCUCCCUAGAGAUUUUUACCUCAGGCUUCUCACAGUCGUGGCCUGAUAACAUUCCUGUAUGGUUCUGUGCCAAAAUGAGUGACCGCUAUUUAGAACAAAGAAUUAGUAUCAAAUUUUGCAUAAAACGAAACAAGUCUGCAGGUAAGAGCCACCAUCAUUUGAAAGAAGUGUAUGGGGAUGACGUGAUGUCAAGGGCUUGAGUUUUCGACAGGCACAAAAGGUUUAAAGAAGGGCGGGAAGAUGUCAGAGAUGACACAUGAAGUAGUCGUGCAGUCACCCACAGGAAUGCAAACAUCCAGAAGGUCAAGGUUUGUGUGAACAAGCAGUUAACGAUGAGAAGGAUGGCUGAAGAAUUAAAUUGAGAAACCUUUAGAUUCGUUCUGAAAGAAACCCUGAACAUGCGAAAAAUGUCUGUCAAAGUUAUAGAAAGUAUUUUGAAGGAUCAGCCCACACUUGGGAAAAUUGAAUGCCGCCCAUCUGGUCAUUCAGAGGAAAUUAGGAACGCUAGGUUAUAUGUGAGGGAAAAGAUAACAAGUUCUGAGCUGUGGAGUUAUCUGUAGCAGAAAGCUGAUGGGAAAAUGUCUCUGCCUGUGUAGAAUCCCAGAAGGCACUUUCCUGCCAGCCAGCUUCUACAGGGACCAUCCUCAGCAAGCAUCCCGGCCAAGGUGGCUCAGGAUUGCUGCACAUCCUAAUGAAAUGAGCCUGAAGUAGUGAGAACCUGGCCAGGAAGCUGUCUUCAGCUGCUCUUCAGCUGCCUUAUGCUCCUCCUUCCCACUUGGCAGUGUGAAGUACUGAAGCAUAGAGUCCUCUUCCUUGCUGUUUUCCACCAUUUUGGAAGGCUGUCUGUGGCUGUUGAUCUCUGCUUCUAGCUUGUUCUUAAUUUCUUUGGUUUAAGUUUGGUUCUCUUCAGUGUCUGCACCUGUGCUUGUGCUACCCUGUACAUCAGGCUGCUCUGAGGAUCAUGCCAGUGAGAGGCAGGCCAGGAGUAUUAUUUCUGUGCCCAGGGAGUCAAAUUCUUCCAAGAGGACCCCAAAGGAAGUUCGACAGUUUGAGCCUGCUUCACAGUCAGGGCCUGAGAGAUAUGUACAGAAGGCAUUGGUAUGGUAGGAGUGGUGUGCUCUAGCCCAAAUGAUUCAGGCUUGACCACUAAUACUUAUCUCACAGAAUUCCCCCUGACAGGAGAGUUAAGUUUGUUUCAUUCUCCUGUGCUUCAGACCACCAUUCUUUUGGGUGUUUCUUCUGCCACAGAGAAAGAUUUGACCCUAGAACAUUUUAGCCAUAAGAUCAGGGUCAAGACUAUGAAGUCACAUGAGGAGAUCAGGUGACUCCUUAGCCCCUACAUUAAGGGAGUCAGUGCCCAUCCACACACUACAUUUAUUUACUAACUGGUAUCAGGUGUGUUUUGAGCAUCGAUGCAAAGCUCUGAAGAGAGAUUGCUAGGUGUGGGUGGGGUUUAUGGAGGAGGUGUAAACUAUAUCCAUGAAGAAGGGUGAGACAAAGGUCUAUGAGAUUAGAGAAGGAUUCCUAGUAGGUGGAAUAGCAUGAGGCUUGGAACCCGUGUGACUAGAAAAUGACACUUUCAGCUAAAAUUGCUAAGUCUAACUGGAGGGUAACGGUGUUACAGAUGAGUAACAUGAAAUAUUUUGCUUCUCCUCUGCCCUUAAUUUUAUGCUAGUCGUUUAUAAAUUGCUACCCCUAUGUCAAAGGUUUAUAAAACUCACUUGUUGGAGUAGUUAAUUUCCCAUUGUCCUGCCUUCCAAGCAGACUCUACAAACUGAAACAGUCUCUUCCUACCUCCCUGCCAGAGUUCAUUGGAAUGAAACUUGUCUCAGGCAGGUUGCAGGUACUCAGUACAGACUGAGUAUCUCCAGAAUGCCUAAAAGGAAAGGAGAGCAGAGGGAAGGGAGGCAAUAGCAUCUCACAGCACUGGCCAACAUCUGCCUUACCCAAAGGUUCUAGUCUGACACUUGAUGACGCCUCUUACUCAUAAAGAAGUAAAUAAUACUGGUUGACAAUCUUGCCCAACACUGGUUGACACAGUUCUCUUUACUGUCUCUCUGUCUUUCAAGGCUGAGCAUGGUAGCAUACACUUAUCCUAGCACUUGGAAAGCAGAGGCAGUAGGAUCUCUGAGUUUAAUACCCAUCAGUUUUGAAGUUCCUUGAAAGCUAGGUCUUGUCUCAACAAAGAUAUUAUCUAGCAAGACUUUUAAAAGGAGACUGGAGAGAUGGCUCAUCAGCUAAGAGCUCUGGCUGUUCUUCUAUGGACCCAUGUUCAUUGAAAAUGGACCCAUGUUCAAUUCCCAGCAUCCACAUGGCAGCUCACAAUUGUAACUCCCAAGAGGAUCCCACAUCCUUACACAGGCACACAUUCAGGCAAAACUUCAAUGCACAUGAGAUAAAAGAAAAUAAAUUGUGUGUGUGUGUAUAUAUCUAUAUCUAUAUCUAUAUAGAUACACACACACACACACACACACACACUUCAAAACAAAAAACCCUCUUAAAACAAGUAGCAACUUCUACCUGCUUCGUUCCAAGAUGCUUUACUAGACAAAACCAUUAAAUCUUCCUACAAGAUGAAGUCCUGGGUCCUCCACAAGUGCCAAGGGAACCACAUUUUUAGAAUGAAGUUAGUAUUAUUGCAGUAUUAUUGAUACAUUUAUUAAUCUCUGCUCUGGUCUUUGUUGUAAUUACUGCAGAAUUGUAUAUGGGGAACAGGCCAAGAUCUCACAACCACCACUUAAUGUCUUAUAUCCAUCUUAUUUUGUUUUACUUUAUUUUUUUUUUUUUGAGACAGUCUAUGUAGUACCAGCUGGCCUAGAACUCACAGCGAUUCUCAGUCUUGGCCUCCCAAAAGCUGGGAUCAAAGGUGUGUGCCCACCCCUAAAUAGGGCCGGAGUGUACCUGGCACCAGUGUUGAAAUGCAAGGUGACAGAUGUAAAAUGGUCCCCUUUAGAGUUUAGACAGAAAAUCCGGAAGCAGGUAAUUAGAAGUGUCAAUUCAGAUUGUUCUAAGUGCUUUCAAGAAAAGGGAUGUACUUUAUCACCUGAAGUCAUGUUCCAUGAAGUUGUCAGAUUGAACUGCCAUUUCAGCCCAUUACUGCUUUGAAAGGCUUUCCCAAUGUGAUAGUUUGUAUAAGAUAGAAGUUGAUACCAGGGACUGGGGUAUUGCUAUGAUAGGCCUGACCAUACUUUUGUUUGGAAGAAUGUAGACGUUGGGACUUUGAUUUGGAAAGCAAUGGAAUGCUUUAAAUGGGGCUUAAUGGGUUAUCCUAGUAAGAAUAUGGAAGACUUUGCUACUGAGAGUUAUUUGAAUUGUGCGGAGCUGGCCCAAGACGUUUCAGUGGAGAAUAUCAGUAUGUGGCAUAGCGACUACUUUUGUGGUAUUUUGGUGAAGAAUGUGGCUGCUUUUUGUCCUUAAGAUUCUUUCUACCUGAGGCUAAGGUGAAAAGAUUCAGAUUAAUUACAUUGACUAAGGAAGUCUCAAAAAAGCCUGGUAUAAAUUCUGUUGUGUGGUUACUAAAGUUCACUCUUAUGAAGAACAUUUUAAUGAAAAGGAACAAGGAAAAAUACAAAAUAUAUGGUUUAAGUAUUAAAGGGGCACCAGGAAGUGAAAUGGAGCUGAAUCCUGUGUUCUAGGAGAUAGCAAAUUAAGGGAGUGAAACUCUGGGGCAAGAUCCUACCCAGCUAAAUUUAGAUUCAGGCAUGGUGGUACACACCUUUAAUCCCAAGAGAUAAAGCCAAGUGGGUCUCUGAGUUCAAGACCACCCUGGGACAGAUCAGGCUCUAAGUGAAGUGGAACUUAAAUCUAGACUUGGUGGACCAUACUUUUAAUCCCAGUGUGCGUAGGAGAUAGGCCUGCAAAUCUCUGAGUUCAAGGUCAAUCUACAGAGCAAGUUCCAGGAAAGCCAAGCUUAGGCAGAGAGGGAGUUGAAAAACAGAAAGCUGGUAAUAGAAUAAGGGGGGGGGGCAUAUUCCAAUCCCAGCAAGCCACAGAACACGGCAGCUUCAACCAUGUGGCUCUGGCUUUAGAGUGAAAAAUAGAAGGUACUGCUGGGACAAUUGAUGCUGGUUAGCUGGAGCUUAGAAAUUAGCAGUGAUUAAGAAGAGGCCAGCAUCAUUGAGUUGAUAUCUUCUGGGAAAUGUUUUCUGAGAACACACACACACAAAAAGCUGUGUUCCAGAGACAGCUAAGGUUGUAGCUCGUGCUGCAGCUAUACUUGGUAAUGUGUAAGAGUCACCCAGGUGGUACUUGUUUUGAAGGCAUGACAGGGGUCAUGAAGAACAGCUGAGACUUGGCACUGUAAGAGGCAAUGGAAGGCCAUUGAUGAAUUUGCAGCCUCAGUUGUAGUUGAUGGCCCAGGAUUCAAGGAGUUGUGCAAAGGAGUUGAGGCUUGACACCAUGAAGAGAGCCUAUGAGAGGCUAUAGGUGAAGCCUAGUUGCAGUGGAAGACUCCGGCAUGUUGGAAAUGCCAGGACCAUGGGAUGAUCACCAAGAGCAGCAGUAGCAGUGAAGUAGAUCAACCUGAACUUACAGUGCUUUGUAGGAUCCCAAAAGAUCUUGUGUGGAUCCCAUACAUUGAAACAAGAAGCUGGAACACUGAAGAUGCCUUGGAGACCUCAAGAUGUUUGAGAUGAUAGAGCCUCAGGUUGUCUGCUGAGGAAAGCUGCUAACAGGGAGUGGAAACAGCCCAGGGGAAAGACGUUUGUUGUAGUCAACAAAGAUGAAAAGGGAGUUGGAGAUCUGAAGACUGCUGUGAUACCAGACAUGGAGAUGCAGAGUUUGAAGUUUGCCCAGCUGCUUUCCUGUCUUGCUUUGGGGAUUACAAUAAAGUGAUUGGAUGAAUCUCAGAAGAGACUUUGAACUUUGGACUUUUAACAUUGUUGACACUGCUAUAGACUAUGGGGACUCUGGAAAUUGGACUAAAUGUAGUUUACAUUAUGCUAUGUUUAGGUCUGCCCCACCCAGACUCAUAUAUUUGAACAAAUCUAUAGGGGCCAGGGAGUGGAAUGUGAUGGUUUGUAUAUGCUUGGCCCAGGGAGUGGCCCUAUUAGGAGGUGUAGCCUUUUUGGAGUAGGUGUAUCACUGUGGGAGUGGGCUUAAGACCCUCACCCUAGCUGCCUGGAAGUCAGUCUUCCACUAACAGAUGAAGAUAUAGAACUCUCAGCUCCUCCUACACCAUGCCUGCCUGGAUGCUGCCAUGUCCUUCCCUGCCUUGAUGACACUGGACUGAACCUCUGAACCUGUAAGCCAGCCCCAAUUAA